GUGGCCAGCCCUCACCCACAGGCAGAGUUAUCAAUUUGCUAGAGGCAUAUCGUGCACCUAGUGACUGGACUCGUCAACUCGUGUCUCGAAUGACUCGAAUUAAUGCAUUCUCCAAAUCACGUAAUUUUAACUUGCGAGUUAUUCGAAGUUACUUGAAAAUUAUUUAA